AUGGCGUCCCGCAAUCGUUCGAGGUCCAUGUCGACCCCUUCUGAGGGUGAGAUCAUCGAAUCAGGCUCAGAGAUGAAGGCAACUGCGUCAAAACCUCCUCUUAAUGGCACCAGCGUUGACCGUCCCCCCAGAGAUAGUACUUCCUCUGCGCUCAGAUCGCCACGCCGACGCAGGUCAUGGACGAGAUCCCGAUCCCGCUCGCGCUCGCCAUAUCGUGACAACAGAAGUUACAAGCGAAGACGUGACGACGAGUAUGAUGGGCAAGAGAGCCGGCACGGCCGACAGGAGCCGUCGCGACGUUUCGGGUCGAGAUACGACGACAGACUGUAUGAUCGAAACGCACCCUCCCGCCGACAGAAAUCGUACUACGACUAUGACCGCGAGGAGAGCUACGGCGGUGGCCUGCAGUAUACCGAUGAGUACGACCGACGCAGGGACAAGAGACCACGUACUCAUAGCCGAUCGCCCUACCGCGAAGUGAGAAAGCCGAAGCAGUACGAUGACCCGAACCCGAGUGCGGAUGGCACAAGGCCCCCGGUGGACAGGCGCGGAUCGUCUACUGAACAGGUAGUGAGCGAACGAGGAAAGACCCCAGCUAGCGCUCGGGAUUCCAAGCUUGGUGCUGAAACACGAGAGAAUCAGGUGCAGCAGGCUCUCCCGAAACGUGCCCGCUUUUCCGAUGAAGCAGAUACUCCCAUGUCAGAACCGGCGGAAGAGUCGCAGCCAUCAGAACCCAUGGACGAAGCUGCUGCUUUGGAAGCUCGUCGCAAGCGCCGCGAGGCUAUUAAAGCGAAGUACCGAAGCCAAGCGACUCCUAUGCACCUCAAAGCCCUGCAGGUCCCCGACGGCGAGACGGAUUCAUCGACACCUGGUACUGAGCCAACGAGUGCUCAAGAGAUGUCCGAAUCCCCGAAAAUCUCACCCGUACACACACCAAGUGAGCAGAUUGGAGACGCUUUCUCUGAUUUCACGAUCGGCAAGGACGCGGAUUUGGCCAAUCUUAAUGCCCCCGCGGACGCAAUCGAGAAGGAUGAACCCUCUGCCGCAGAUUACGACCCGAUGCUUGAUACAAAGGAAGAAAGACAAAAGUUGGAUGGUACAAACGGGGAUGUCUCAUCCGCCGCGUAUGACGAAACACAAACGACUAGGCAGGAUAUUCUUCUCCCUGACACCCCCGCUGAGCAGCCACCUCCACCCCCGAAAGAGAAAGACCCUUACGAUAUGUUCGCCGAGGAUGACGACGAUGACAUGUUCGCCGAGGAUACCAAGGAUGAACAGCCUGCACAUGCCUCGGCAACCGCUGUGCCGCAACCCCAAGAGCUGGAUAUCAGUAUGAUGGACAACUGGGAUGAUCCAGAAGGUUACUACAACGUGCGGCUCGGUGAGUUGAUCAACGGCCGCUACCAUGUCCAGCAAAAUCUUGGCAAGGGAAUGUUCUCCUCGGUCGUACGAGCCAGCGACUCGGUUACCGGUACUUUGGUCGCUGUCAAGAUCAUCCGUCAAAACGAUACUAUGCGCAAGGCUGGCAUGAAAGAGAUUGGGAUCUUGGAGCAGCUGCAUGAGGCUGACCCAGAGGAUAAGAAGCACGUCAUCAAAUUCGUUCGGCAUUUCGAGCACAAGGGCCAUCUGUGCAUGGUCUUUGAGAAUCUGAGCAUGAACCUGCGUGAAGUGCUUAAGAAGUUCGGUCGUGACGUCGGGCUAAAUCUGCGCGCGAUCCGUGCCUAUGCGCAACAGAUGUUUUUAGGUCUGAGUCUGCUUCGCAAGUGUAACAUCCUGCAUGCAGAUCUCAAACCCGACAACCUCCUCGUCAACGAGCAACGCAAUAUCCUAAAGGUCUGUGACUUGGGCUCUGCAUCUCCAGCAUCGGAGAACGAGAUCACGCCUUAUCUUGUCAGUCGCUUCUACCGUGCCCCCGAGAUUAUCCUGGGUAUUCCUUAUGACUACGCUAUCGAUGUGUGGUCCAUCGGCUGCACCCUCUUCGAGUUGUACACUGGCAAGAUUCUCUUCACUGGCCGCAACAACAACCAAAUGCUCAAGUCUAUCAUGGAAUGUCGCGGCAAAUACCCGCCCAAGCUCCUCCGCAAGGGAUCUCUGGCACAUCUGCAUUUCGACGACAUGCUCAACUUCCACAGCACCGAAGAAGACAAGCUUACUGGCCGUCCUAUUACCCGAGUGAUGGAUUUCAAGAAGCCGACCCGUGAUUUGAAGACUCGCGUGAUGGGCAAGGGAACUAGGGGCAUGUCUGAUGCCGAUGCGAAAGAUUUGACGCUUUUCGUAGAAUUCCUCGACCGCUGUUUGGCUCUCAAUCCCGAGAAGCGCUGCACACCUGCCGAGGCGCUGAAGCAUCCCUUUUUGAACAGAAAAUAG